AUGAAUGGGCGCGAUCGCUCUAGAGGCCCUCCCUCUGGGGAUAUUCCGCCUCAGAGAGAUCCUCGUCGAGGUGCUGAGAGCCGCAAUGGAGGAUACGCCGCUUCGGGUGACAGCACCAUCUCCAGGGCUGAGAGGUUCGAAGACGAAAAGCGGCGGAUUAUUCAAAGUUGUUUUGCAAAGAAAGAUAGUGACGGCUCUUUGGUAGAGUCCUAUAUAACACAUGUUCGAAUUACGGAAGAUGGCGCUUAUCCCUCUACGCCUGCGCCGCCGAACUCAUCGCCUGAAAGCAAGAAACCCAGAGCUAUAAUCGUUGCCGUGAGGCGAUCUGGACGAGUGCGCAUGCAUAAGGCCAGGGAAAACAAUGAUGGGACAUUCUCGAUUGGGAAAACAUGGAUGCUAGAUGAUCUAUCUUCAAUUCAAUCAUACAAUGCAUGGGUACCGUCGACGCCACUGGAACAGCAGCAGAAGCAGUGGGCAUCGAAUGUUGGUUUUGUGGUGACCGUUGGGAAACCUUACUACUGGCAUGCUAGGACUUCAAAGGAGAAGGAAUUCUUUAUUGGCAGCUUGGUGAAGAUCUACAGAAAGUAUACCGGCGGGAAGAUGCCUACUCUCAUCGGGUUUGAUGAGCGCGAGCGUCAACUUCUAGUUGGAGCGCCAUCGGGGUCUGGUCACGGACCUUCACACCCUGAAAGCUCCGUUGUAUCUCCGCGCCCACCCUCGUCACAAGGUGGCCAGCAUCAGCCUCCCGCCUGGAACCGUACCCGCAGCCGCGAUGGUCUUAAGCGACUCCCGACUGAAGAAGACAUGCCACUCCGAGCGCAGAGGAGCCGCGAACAAAUGCGAAGACCCUCCACCAGCCAAUCCGGCAAAAGCGGUCCACCACCAUUUGCACCGCCUCAGCAUCCUCCUCCUACAGUGCCUACAGUGCCUCCAGUGCCUACAGACCAAAGUGACCAACCACCUCCACGUUCACUAGAGCGACUGGCAUCGGAAACCAGGGCACCGAAGGCACCUGUAUUUCCACCGCCAGAUUCGAGGAAUAAGGACAUCCCUAGUAGUCUUAAAACGGCGUCCCCCAGCCAGUGGGACAAGAUGAAUAAAGAGCCGGAAACCAGCAGUCUGGCGAGCUCUCACACAGAGCCUCGACCAUCAUCAUCACGUGAUGGGAAAGCAGUACCUGAACUACGGCCAGUGCUUCGUCCGCAAGAUUCGAGCUCAAGUGCAUCCGAAACUAGGCGGCUUAAGGAUGACAUCGGUCCUGGAUCACUUCCGGCCGAAUUGAGAGUGAAACCACCCGUAAAUGAAGGUAGCACACUGCUCCCCAAUCCAGUAGGCCAACCAGCAUCCCCUGCGGGCGAGCAAGUGAGCGCCUCAAAUAAUUUGCAAUUUGCCGAGGUACCACCUGAACUCAGGCCAGGCUCCUCUGCGAGUAACAAUACCGCUCCCAAGGCUGCUGAGACACAUCAGCCAGUUCCUUCAAAGGAGAUCGAAUCCAAAGAACCAGCCCCAGAGAAUAAACCACUUGCUGCUCCAACCACCCCGUCUGAAACCACUGGUGCGUCCACAGAUGAUCCACUGGAAGCCCAUCGGCCAGGACUAGGGCCUAUGAUUAAGAAAAAAUCAAACAAAGACGUCGCUGGUGCAUUUCGAAAAGCUGCCACUGCUUAUGGGGCUUUCAAGCCGCGGCCUGGAGGCGCUGGCGAGAAGCUUUUGGCAGCUGCGAAGAAAAAAGCGGCCGCAUGUUCCGACGAGCCAGAUGGGAUUACUGGUGUUGUGCCUGCGCCAUCUCUUCGGAAAACAAAUGAGCCUGUCAGUACGAUGCCCCCUGAAGCGCCAAAAGAACCGCCUCCACCCCCCCCGUUGCCACAGGAAGUGCCGCCUCCAGAGCCAUCCCCUAUAACAGAGCCGCCCAAGGUUGAAAUCACAGAGGCUGUUCCCGAUACCGCAGUGGUCCCUCCGCCAAAAGUUCCACGGGAUACUGUGAAGAUCGCGGUUGACGAAAGGGCAAGAUCAGUGUCGCCUUCCCCACAUGACCGUCGACGUAGGCGUCAUGAGGAUAACACACUCAAGUAUUGCCAAGCACUAGGGCUUGACCCAAAAAUUCUUAAUGGGCAUGGUAUUGACUUUGAUGAUACGUUGACCGAUCUUGGAUGGAACGGUCGGCUUUCUGAUGAGCAAAGAAUCGAAGACCUUGAGGUAGAUGUUCGUCGUGAGAUCGGACGCGUUGAGGCCACGAGCUGGCUUGGUAAUCUUGAGCAUCAAGAAGGGAAGGUGGAUCAGUUGGCUAAAUUGAUCGAGCGGACAAUUGAUGAGUGUGAAGAACUGGAUAACCUCCUUACUUUGUAUUCACACGAACUCAAUACUCUUCGAGAUGACGUGUCAUAUAUUGAGACACAAUCUCAAGGUUUGCAAGUUCAAACAGCCAAUCAAAAGCUCCUUCAGAGUGAGCUGCAGAAUCUAUUGAAGACGCUUUCCAUCUCGGCCAAGGAUUUGCAGUCCUUGAAAGAGGCAUCUCUCAGUAACCCCGACGGACUCAAAGAAACCGAGGUCGCACUUUCUACACUAUACAGGGCUAUGCUCAUGAUUGACCCCGAUAUUUGGCAUAACAAAAAGCGACUUGACGCCGCUGGGGAUCAUGGAAGCGCAGGUGUAUAUGCUGACACCGAAAUCGGGCAAAUGCGUGCAAUUAAGGACAAGAAGGAAGAAUAUCGUCAACAUUCUGCCUCUUUCCUUCAACGACUCAAGCAGUUCAUGGCCAUUGCUUAUCAAGUGGCAGAGCAGAAACGAGCCGAUGCCGCAUCCGAGUCCCAGAAAGAUCCUAUGAAGCUGGACAGCACUGCGAGGAUUUAUUCUCGCCGGGAACUUUGGGUGUAUAAUGCCUUGAUGCUUUUUGCACGCGAGGUUAGUGGCCCAGAGUGGCAAGGCUUGAUCACUCUCUACGAACAGCAGGCUAAACACCCUUACCAAAAUCAAUUCCGAGACAAUAACCUAGCAUGGAAGAAGACGUCCAGGAAGCCCACUGGUGAGGAACACGAGCUACUCUUCACCCACCAGGACAAGGAAAAGGAAACCGAGGGUAUUACCAUGGCGGCCCGGAAACUCACUGUUAGGAGAGGCAAGACAAUCAGGGCUGCGGCUAAUUUCCGCCUUUCCUUUGGUGACAAGCAGCACGGAAAGCUGGAGCCGUGCGAAGUCUUCGCAGGCACGCUCCAGGAGACGAUUAAUAUGAUAUCGGAAGAGCAAACUUUCAUUGUGCAUUUCUUCCACCUGGCCUCAUUCAAUACUACGGAUUUUUCUGAUCUCGUUGCCUCUGGAAAUCCUGAUGAGCGUCCCCUACCGGACUUUGGCAGCAAGCAGUCGCCUGAUCCGGAUCGAGCUAUGGCCCGGAGGGUGGAACAAAUUAUGGAUGAACUCUACUCGUUCUGGCCGAAUGACAUGCAAAACCUGGUCGACUGGGCGAUCAAAUCCGACCCUCUACAAGGGAUUGGCAUUCUGUUUGCGCUCGAGAAAGGUAUUGCCGACUUGGAUGAUACUAACCAGGAUUUUAUUGUCCAUUCGCUUCAGAAGCUUCACUCUCGCCUCAUCGGUCUCUUUAAUCGGUUUGUCGAUGAGCAGAUCCGUGGCAUUGAGGAAACCAAGGUCAAGGUGAAUAAGCGAAAGGGGGUCAUUUCGUUCAUGCGAGUAUUCCCCAAUUUUUCUACAGCGGUGGAGAACAUUCUUUCCCAACCCUCGCAAGAGUUCUUCGACAUUCGCAUCAGCGUCAACGAAGCGUAUGACCGAAUCAACCGUGCCAUGUGGGAGUCGUUGAAAUUUAUCGCCAAAGAGGCCCCCGGUCAACCAACCGCGGCGUCCGGUGGUGCUGGUGACCCAGAAGACAAAGAAAUCCUCAACUAUCACAUUUUGAUGAUCGAAAAUAUGAAUCACUACAUUGAAGAGGUUGAUGUUCGCAGUCUGCCCGUCUUGGAACGGUGGCGCGACCGGGCCCAGGGGGAUCUACAAGAGCAUAUGAAGCUGUAUUUAGACUCGGUCAUCCAUCGCCCACUCGGCAAGUUGAUCGAGUUUGUGGAGUCUACGGAAAGCCUCCUUGCGGGGAGCAGUAACCCAACGGACAUUGCCAGCCGCCCCAGCCAUUCCUGGGCUGUCGCGAAGAAAGUGCUGGCCACGUACGAUGGAAAAGAGAUACGGCGGGGGAUUGAAAUGCUCAAGAAGAGGGUGGAGAAACACUUUGGUGAUGCAGACGACCCUGGUCUCAGCCGGAGCCUGGUCCUCAAGGUGCUCCGGGAGUGUGAGGUUCGGUAUGAGGAAACCUAUGACAAGGCCCAGCGCGUGCUUCACGCGGUGUACGAGGGCCAACUGGAGUUGGAGUGGCGCAAGGAGGAAGGGCUUGCGAUGUUUAGGAAGUAA